GGUGCCCAUUACUACAUAUUUUUGUUAUUUGUGUAUUCGACUUUUUGAAUUGUGUUAAAAGGUGUAUGAUCUGUAUUGGCUUCUCUAAUUAGAAUUUUAUGAUAUGUAUAUAUUUUUAUCUUGCUUCGAGCAAAACUGCUUAAUGGAGCAUGCUGCUUUGGAAGACUGUAACAACAAUGUGCCCCUAACAUUCAUGGAUCUGUACAUGAGUCUGAUUUGGAAGAAUUUAAGUGCUUUCUUCAGGAAAAUAUCAGGUUAGUUGUAUUGCAGAUUCCAAAUGCAAAGGUGAAUGAUUAGCUGCAGCUAUUUAUGUUUAUCUUGCAGUGCUUGCAUGGUGCAAAACUGAGCUUUAGUUCUGAUUUCCUGAUGAAUGACUUUAAAUUCGAUCAGCUGAUGUGAUUCCUCUUUGAAUGCAUCCACUUGUCUAACAUUACACUUCUUUGUGCUAGAAAUACUCAACAGUCGUAUCAAUUGUUUAUAUAGAAGGUAGAAGAACGUGUCUCGUAUGUAUUGGAUGCCAUCUGCAACUUUGUCAAACGGAUGUGCGUUAAUAUUUUGCAUUAGCCUUUAAUUUAUAUGAUUUUGUUUUAUGGGUCAACCACCUGUAUUCUGUACAGUCCUAAGAAUGUGAUAUCGAGGACUGCAUUUUGCUCCUUAAUUGAAAAGCAGGCUUUGUAGAUUAUGCUGCUUAUAGUAGACUGGUACCAAUAUAUAUAUUUGAAUGCUCUCUGUGAUGGAAGACCAUAGCUUUCUGAAAGAAUUUACCAUCUACUUAAUAUUUGGAAUCGCAAAAGUUUGCUUCUUAUGACAGUAUAGCUGCGCCUUUUUACUAUGAUAAUUAGCGGUGUCCCUUUUAACUUACCUUGAUAAUUUCUAUUAGUUAAUGCUCUUUAUAUCAUUUAUACCUAGUUCAGUUUAAUGUGCAGUGAUGCUGAUGAGUUCUUGAAAUCUUGAUGAUCAAUGCUUGUGAGUAAUCCAUGGCCGAUGUAAUGUCAUUACAUCGGUUGAAAUGUCCAGUGACAACGACGUUGUUGGUUGAAGAGAUUGCUGUAAAAUGAGUAAUUGGGAUGAGUAAACUCUGUUUUUUUUUGAAUGAUUACGAUACUUAUACCAAAGUGAUUUUGGAUACUGCAGGUUCUUGGCAAGUUUAAAGCCCGAGUUUCGUCAACACAGAUUCUUGCAAUCUACGAUGCAAUGUUAGAAAAGAGAAAUCUCUCACUCAAGGGCAGACGACUCCACCUUGCACACCUUCCAUGAUCACAGCCUUCAUGCCGUGCGUAAACUUCACCACCACUAACACCAGCAGCGGCGGCAAUUCCAGCGCCGCCCCAAGUGCUGCCUGCUGUGAUUCUCUAAAGACACUUAUGAACAGUGGAAAGGAUUGCCUCUGCCUCAUUGCCACCGGCAGCAUUCCUUUUCAGAUCCCGAUUAAUCAAACUCAGGCCAUUUCCCUGCCUCGCGCCUGCAACAUGCCCGGCGUGCCCCUCCAGUGUAAAGUUGCCGGCGCUCCUGUUCCUGCUCCAGCUUUAGCUCCCGCGCCCGAGGCAAAUGUACCUUCGCUUUCUCCGAGCGCAGCUCUAUCUCCUAGUGCUACAGGGCUAUCUCCACCCGAAGCAGUGUCCCCGGCGUCGCCCUCAACCCCAGGAGCCGAGGCACCUCCAAGUCUCACUCCACCGGCUACAACCACCAGCAGCGGCAGCGGCAACACUGGAAGCAGGGCAGGAGCGACGCCAUCGGCAGCUCAUCCUUCGGCUGGCCUUUCGACGUUGCAUCUUGCUGCUGCGCUCGUUGCUGCUGCUCUCAAAUUCUAUUAUUAGCUGCUGCUGCUGCUGCUGCUGCUGAACUCUCUUCUUCUUCUUCUUUCUUUAUUUUUUAUUUUAUUUUAUUAAAAAAAUAUAAUGUGUGAUGUAUGUUUGUCUUUGUCAGUGAAAAAUUCUUUGGGGUGUUUAUAGUGUAGGUGAGUGAUGAUUGAUUGCAUUUGCAUGGAAAUGUGAUGAUGAUGAUGAUGAUGAUUUUCUUGUUUGCUGUAUUAUUUAUUAUUUGGUUAAACAUUAU